ACGUAGCACUCAAUGCGCCUGCGCAGACCCUGAAAAAUCGGCUGGGUUGGCCCCGCGCUUCCCUUUUCCGGUCGCGGCGCUGCGCGGUGUGGAGCUCGUGCUUGUGCUCGGAGCUAUGCCGUCCAAGGGUCCGCUGCAGUCCGUGCAGGUCUUCGGACGCAAGAAAACAGCCACGGCUGUGGCCCACUGCAAACGGGGAAAUGGGCUCAUCAAGGUGAACGGACGUCCCCUGGAGAUGAUCGAGCCGCGCACGCUGCAGUACAAGUUACUGGAGCCUGUUUUGCUUCUGGGCAAGGAGCGAUUUGCUGGUGUGGAUAUUCGGGUCCGUGUGAAGGGUGGUGGACAUGUGGCCCAAAUUUAUGCCAUCCGACAGUCCAUCUCAAAGGCCCUGGUAGCUUAUUACCAAAAAUAUGUGGAUGAAGCCUCCAAGAAGGAGAUCAAAGAUAUCCUCAUCCAAUACGAUCGGACCCUGCUUGUAGCUGACCCCCGUCGCUGCGAAUCCAAAAAGUUUGGAGGUCCUGGUGCCCGUGCCCGAUACCAGAAAUCCUACCGAUAAGCCCAUCUCAAGGAUCGGGGUUUACCUUUGUAAUAAACAUCCUAGGAUUUUAACGUUCC